AUGUCUUUACAACUCCUCUCCAACUUGCACGCCUCUGAUUCCUCCCGCUGUUUUCCCGUUGCGCGACUCGAAGCUGUCACGACGACGACGACCUCACCAGACGACGAUAACAUCCCCUCUUUCGCCGGCCUCUGCGACCCCCUCUCGACCGACCGCAGCGCUGCCACUACGAUCGCGGCUAUGUCAUGGAUCUCCUGGCCGUCGCUGGUGCCCACGAUCCUCAUUAUCUCGGCUAGCCUCGCCUGGUGCUUCCGGGAGCCUAAGACCGCCCGCUUCAACCUGAUUGCCGCCGUUGGCGUCGCCCUACUCGGCUGGGUUGUGGCGCCCGACUUGUCCCGCGAGAUCUCCUUUUCCAUCUACGCCGCCGCAGUCGACGCCGUCGCUGCCCUGCGCUUGCAUCUACUGAUCGCGAAGCACUCCAACAUGCUGCUGACCGGCGCCGCUGUCGUAUGGUUGCUGCGGAGGACUUGGCAGACCCUGUGGAAGCCUGUGCCCGAGUUGAUCAACAUCCUGGGUGUCGACGUGCCCGAUCCUCCGGAUGUGUCGUUGGCCGGCAUUCGAUCUGACGCUGCGACCAUCAACUGGACUCGCCCGCCGCCGAACCGAUCUGUCUCCAAGUUCCUGAUCCAGGUCAAUGGCGUGGUUGUUGGCGAGGUGUCUGCCAACCAGGAGCCCGCAAUCGUUGUCAGCGGCCUGAAGCCGGACCACUUCUACAAUGUGCGCGUCAUCGCCGUCGGCUCGAACAACUUCCAAGCAGGCAGCCGGGUGAUCCGACUGCGGACCUUUGGCCGCGACGGGCGGCCUCAGCUCGGCAAUUCUCGUCUCCCAUCGAGUUUUACCCCCGAAGAGCCCCGCAGCACAGCAUCAGGCGAUGCGGGCGACGACAGCUCGGGCGGCCGAGUCCCUUUCCCUGCUCUUGAGGUACCUACCGUCCAGGAACCAGUGGUCACCCCAGCCCGGGAUGGACACUCUGGUGGAGGCUCCGGCCCUCGCCGUAAUACAGUUACACGACGCCAUUCGCCUUCCACGACGAGUAUCGAUCAGCAGCCGCCACCGCGCGAGGAGCCCUCCGAGGACCCUGAGCAGACCUUACCCGAGUUGACAGAGAAAUUCGAGAAGAUCCGACAAGAGACCGAGGAUGUGCUGGCCCAGAUUGCGAAGGAGGAGGCUGACAAUAGGUUGUUACUAGAGGAGCUCGAGGCGGAUAAACAGGAGAAGAGAAAGGAGCAGAAGAAAAAGGAAGAGCAGACAGAGCGAUUAAGGAAGGACGUGCACUCUACGGAGCGCGCCAUGCGCAAUGCCUUGCAGCGCAAGGCGCAGAAGGAGAAGCAGUUGAAGGAGAAGAGGAAUGAGCGAGAGAAGCUCUACGAUAGUAUCGCCAAGUGGGAGAAAGGCGUGGAGGAGAUGGUCAAGGAGCGUGAAAGUUUCGCAGAGACCAUGAAGGAGAUGGAGGAAGAGCGAGACCAAAAGGUGGAGCAAUUUCGGGCAGAAAACGAUAGUCUGCUGGCGGAGUGCUCGCGCCUGGAGCAAGAGCUGAAGGAGAAGAGGGAGCAGGUCAGAGAGCUCGAAGAGGCCCGGAAGCAUCUGCCCGGAGGGGAUGAGGACCCUGGUGAAUGGCGCGAGAAGCUACAGGAGAUCAGGAGGGAGUGGUAUCGGAAGCAGAGAGAGCUGCAGGAUGCUCUGGCUUUUGAAACUCGGCGGGCUAGAAGCCUGGACGAGCAGCUGCGCAUCCUCAGCAUGCAGAUCCAACACAUCCCCCAGCCCCCCUACGGGUUAUAUGCACAGCCGGGCGUUCCCCCUCCCAUGGACUACGACCCUACUGCGCUGUCCCAGCUCAAGAGACGGACUCGACCUAGCAAUUCGAUUUCCAGCGUCUCUAUGCCGCAGCCCAUGCCAGCCUACACCCAGAUGGACCCAGCUAUGUCAGUGCCUGCUCCCGCAGGGUUCUCCAGCGCUCGCUCUGCCAAUGCCCCUCCCGGCUUCGCUCCCGGCCCAUUCAUGAACCUCUCGACUGACAUCCCGAGCCGUCACGAUGACCUGAGCGGCAGAACUGCGCCGCUGAGCCCAUCAGCCACCGCUCUUCUGCCGUCCAACAUCUUGGCAGAUAUCGACGAUGAUGGCCCUAACCCAGUUUCGCGCUUCGACCCGGAUCCAUUCCCGGUCCUGCCCCGCCAGCGAAUGACCCCCGACAAUGCCCCCAAGUCGCCAGCAUCGUCUGGCAAGUCAUCCCAGAACCUGUUUUCGAGCCCGCACGGCUCCAGCAGCAACCUGCCGUUCCCAGCCUUCCAGAACGACACCGCCGACAGGCUCUCGCUCCACGGGCCCGGCAGCAUCCCAUCGCCCGCCGCGUCGGAGCAACCUCGCAACAAGCUGAGCGGCUUCUUCUCUUUCCAACGGUCUGGUCCUACCAAAACGUUGGAGAAUGAAGGCCCGCUGCUCGGCAGCCUCAAGCCCUCGCAGAGCCAGUCCUUCCCUAGGCAGACCGACGACCUAGAAGUGGGCAACAAGCGCCGCGUCAGCCUGUCCAGCACCUGGAAUGUGUUCAAUCGUAACUCAGUCGGACCCGAGAUCGGCGGCGGUGGCGGCAGCGGCAGUGGUGAUUCCCAUGCCACCGCGGCGGCUCCGGGCUCCCGCCUUUUCUCACGCAGUCUGAACCCCUUCUCUUCCUCCCGCAGCAGCCUUUUCGGCGAGCGCGACCCCAGCAGCCCGAGGCCCGCUAGCAUCGCCUCGACCGAGUUCCCGCGCCCGUCAACUGAGUCGAACUCGAUCUGGGGCCCGCUCGGUGGUGAGAAACAGAGCCGGCUGUGGUCGCCUGAUGUGUCAUGGUCGAGGAACCCCUCGCGCAGGCCGUCCCUCCAUGGCUCGCCGUCGGCACUGAAAACGAGCCUGGCAUCGGCCGAGGAUGAGAUCCUGGGCGAGGAGAUGGUGCCGAAUGUGAAGGACGUGGGGGUCAUUGGGAGUCGACCACCUGUUCAGACGCAGGCCCAGAAUCAGAACCAGAGUAAAGCGGCGCUGGGCCGUCUCAAUCCCAACGCGCCGGCCUUUAUUGGCUCGCUGUUCAAGUCCAAGCCUGAUAAGGACAAGGACGGCAAGGACCAGAAAGACAAGGCUAAGGCUGACCACCACAAGAAGGACAAGGACAAGUCUUCGUCCAAGGCCAAGGAGAGUAAGGAUUCCUCUGCCAAAGACAAGACCAAGACCCCGGACACAACCCCCGCCUCCGUCGCCAGUAGUGGCAUCUUCGACCUAGACUCCUCCCCUCUCCAACCGCGUAUGUCCCGCGACGCAAUCUCCGUACACACGCACACCUCCGCCGUCUCCGAAUCCCGCGACUCGCUUUCGUUGGAUCAAUCCUUCUCCAACACUCCCUCCGAACCCGCUAGCAUAAUCAGUGGGCUGUCCAGUUCCUACAAGGACGACACCGCAAGCCAAACUAGCGGUAGCAGCAAUGUCGUCAGGAAGUUGUUCCGCAAGAGCAGCUCCAGUAAGUUUGGUAGUGGACUGUUCAAGAAGGCUUCGAAUACGAGCAGCGCGGCUACCGGCGCUGGGACUCAGAAUGGGGGCUCGGACAAGAGGGUGUCGAUCGACAGAUCGAGCGACUUCGACGACCUGAAUGAAGAAAACGGCUCGCUGAGCUUCCUUGGCCGCAGCUUCGACAGUAUCUUGUCUGUAUCAGCCUCCAGCACUGCGUCCAGUAGCCAUAACCAUCAUCACCUUGCCCUCGCUCCGACGCUGAGUUCCGGAGGGAAGAGUAGCACCAGCAGUAGUGCCACUCCCGUUGGUGGAGCAGGGAGCAGCACGCCGAAGGAGGCUAAGGCGCCGGUGAGGUGGUUGAGCGGAUUUGGGAAGAAGAAGAAGGAGAAUGGGAAUGGGAAUGGGAAUGGGAAGGUAGGGGAAAUUCCGGAUGAGGAUAAGGCCCUUACGCCGGUGGAUGUUUCUUCUUCCGGGCUUCUCGCUGAAGAGACCAACGCUGGGAAUGGCAAUAACGUUUAG